AUGAAAUUCUUCACCUGGGCAUAUUUUGUUGAAGUUUUCAUGGGUUUGGAUACACCAUUAGACGGUGGUAAACCAAUUCGUGGUGGUUUCUACAAAACAUCACAAACAUUUUCACCACUAGCUGAAUUUAUGCAUGUCCCACUGGAUCAAAUCAAUUAUGUUGUUAGUGGUGUAGUGAGUUUUGCACUUGGCCAGUUAAUGCGACAGUAUCUAUCCCCGCAAAAGUGUUCACCACGAUUACGUGCACUUAUUGAAACUAUAUUUGGCCUGUUAUUAUUAUCAUUCUGUUUUGGAAGUCAAUUAAGAGUAUUAUUAUUACAAUCAUUUAUUGCCUAUGUAUUUAUGGUAUGCUUACCGCAUAAUCAAUUUAUGGCUAUAUUAGUUACAGUCUGGUCAUUAUUCUAUAUGACACUAGUUCAUAUCUGUCGUUUACAGUAUGAUUAUGGUGGUUAUACACUAGAUAUAUCUGGACCUGUUAUGGUACAAACUCAACGUCUAUCUAGUCUAGCCUUUAAUCUUGUCGAUGGUGCAAUAAUAUCAUCACAUGAAAAGCAUACCACUACUACUACUACUACUCAUCCUGUAAAACAUCAACAAAAUAAUUCUUCUAAUGAUUCUUCAUCAUCAUCAUCACCACCACCAAAAUCACCAAUUAUUGAUCAGUCUCAAUCACAUUCAUCAUCAUCAUCAUUGUCUAAUCGUAGACGAAAUACCUUCACUACAUUAGAUACACUAGAUAUGCCUUCAUCAUCGAAUAUCGAUUUAAAGCCUAUUCAUCAUCAUCAUUAUCAUACACCCAGUCAUUGCAAACUAUUGAAUGAACAGAAGCCAUUUAAGGAUAGUCAACACUCGUCGUCAUUAACAGCAUCAUCAUCAGGACAGCAACAACAAAUGCCUACAAGUCAUAAAAUCCAUGCAGUUGACAAAACACCUGAUCCAGUAAUAUUUUUUGCCUAUAUGUUAUAUUUUCAUGGUGUCUGUGUUGGACCUUUCAUCUUUUUCUCUGAAUAUAUGGAAUAUCUUAAAGGGUAUAGUACUGGACGAUUGCCUUCAAUUAAUAUGUAUUAUCUAGUGACUUUAUGCCUGCGUACAUUAGCUUCAGGCUUGUCAGCUGCUUAUCUAUGCCCAUACUUUCCUUUCGAUUUUGUUUUAACUGAAGCAUUUGGAAGCUAUUCACUCCUCCAUCGAAUUUUCUACGUGACAGUUUCCUUAUUUCUAAUUCGACAAAAAUACUAUUUUGCCUGGGGAUUAGCUGAAGUCAAUGGAGUAGCUAUUGGUGUUGGAUAUACUGGUCAAUGUCCACGAACCGGUAGGACAUUGAAUCAUCAUGUGCGUAAUUUUAACUUUAUUCAAGUCGAGUCUGGUAUCGGUUUGAAAGAUGUUGUCGAUGCAUGGAAUAUAUCUACAACACGUUGGCUACGUGAAACAUUCUAUGAUCGUCUUCCAACUGCCUAUCGUACAAUACUUGUAUUUAUAAUCAGUGCUUUUUGGCACGGUUUCUAUCCUGGUUAUUAUAUCAUGUUUUUAUCAUUCGCUCUGUUCACAACAGUUUCACGUAUUUGGCGUCGACAUUGUCGUGUGUAUUUUCGUAAAACACCUCUAUGCAUACAUGCCUAUGAUAUUUUUACAAUGAUUAUUACUAAUUUUAUAAUUAAUUAUGGACAAGCACCAUUUCAUUUGUUAGAUUUUUAUGCAUCUAUAAAAUUUUUAAGCCUGUUCUACUUUAUACCUCAUCUAAUUGCCUUUAUUAUCUUGAUAGCUUAUUUUUUCAAGUCAUAUUUUAUAAAGUCAAUAGGAAGAGGAGGAAAAGUUGAUGAAGAUGGUUCUGUCACUGGGACUGCGACUGGCAUUGGGAUUGAUAAUGGUGACGGUAGUGAUAAGCAUCAGAAAUUAUUACUGUCUAAUCAUGAUCGUAGUGUUGGAGGUUAUUGA